AUGGGUUUACACCGGGCUCUGCAGCAUGAAGGGGCUCCUAAGGCGCUAUUAGAUUCUAUUGUGGAAAACGAGCAAAAAUCACAGUCUAUGACAUUUGAGAAUGCCACUGCUUUUAUUGUACGUACACAAGAACAAGACUUGGGGGAUUCUGCAUACCACCAGGUGUUAGCGUGCAUGAAGAAGAAACCAUCGGUUCCGCUUGAUACUCAGAUUCGUAAUUUUGAACGCAAGGUUGAGUUCAUGGAAAUGCGACAGUAUGAGAACCCCUCCAAGUGUACCGCAAUCAUGGUAUACUGUAUCUUAUACGCCAAGCUGCAGUGGACAGUGAUAUUGUGCCUGAUCAACCACCCACCGAGACAAUUUCAUGACUUGGUCGAUGUGUCGUAUGUGCAGAGUGACGAUGAGUUGAUGGAGGAAGAGCAGACACCCGACGGAACAGAUUCGGAUUAA